CGCGACAAACAUGCAUGGCGAAGCCUUCCGCUUCUGCAGCGGCGGCGGCGCUCCGUGCCUCCCUCGGCGUCGCCUUCGCGCUGCUGCUCCUGCUCGCUUCCUCCCGCCUCCCGCACCGCGCCCUGUCCGCCGAACUCUCGUCCCCCUCGGUGGUGGCCCACGAGCGACGCGGCCACGGCGCCUGCGCGGGCGUGCGGACCCCCGACGAGAGAUACCGCGCCAUCGCGGCCGGGUCUGACGGCCGGUACCGCUACCCGCGCGGCGGCGGGCACGUCGACUACCUGUACCUCUUCUACUGCGUCCUCGGCGGCGACCGCCGGCCCGCCCUGGGGUACGCCGCGAUGGCGGCGUGGCUCGCCGUGCUCUUCUACCUGCUCGCCGACACGGCCGCGGUCUACUUCUGCUCCAGCCUCGAGGGCCUCGCGCGCCUGCUCCGUCUCCCGCCGGCCAUCGCCGGGGCCACGCUCCUCUCGCUCGGGAACGGUGCGCCCGACGCGCUCUCCGCCGUCGCGUCCUUCUUCGCCGGAGACGGCGGCGAGGGAGGAGGGACGGCCGCCGCCGUGGGGCUCAGCGGCGUGCUCGGUGGCGCCAUGUUCGUCUCCUCGGCCGUGCUCGGGGUCAUCGCCAUCCGCCUCGGCGGCCAGGAGGUCGCCGUCCACCGCGCCAGCUUCUUCCGGGACGCAGCCUUCCUCUUCCUGGCGCUCGUCGCCGUGGCCGUCGUCGUCGCCGCGGGCCAGGUCACAAUCUGGGCCGCCGCCGGGUUCGCCUCGCUCUACCUCGUCUACGUCCUCGCCGUCGCCUUCACCCCGGACCGCUGGACCAGACGCCACGACGCGCACGCGGUGGAUGACCCCGCCUCCGCCGCUGCCGUCUCGGAGCUCCACAACGUCACGGAGACCAAGUUCUACACCGACCAGGAAGCCCGAGAUCCACUGCUCCCCGACACCGCACCGCUACUUCAAUACUACGCCGGCGAAGCAAACAGCAACAGCAACGACGGCUCCACUGGCAACAAGAGCGUCUUCUGGACCGUCCUUCGCCUGCUAGAGCUUCCCCUGAGUCUCCCGCGGCGGCUGACGAUUCCGGACGCGAGCAAAGAGCGGUGGAGCAAGACGGCCGCGGUGACCGCGGCCACGCUCGCCCCCAUCUUCCUGUCCUUGCUCUGGAGCCACCGCGCCACGGGGGGCCCGUUCGUUACCGUCCUCCUCGGCGGCCUUGCUGGUCUCGCGCUGGGCCUCAUUGCCUUCCUCACCACGGAUCCCUUCGCCCCACCAACCCGAUUCCUCGGCGCGUGGCUCGCCGGCGGGUUCGCCAUGAGCGUGGCGUGGGCGUACGUGAUCGCCAACGAGGUCCUGUCGCUGCUGGUCUCGGCGGGAAUCAUCCUUUCCGUGGACUCGGCGGCGCUGGGGGUGACCGUGCUCGCCUGGGGAAACUCCAUCAGCGACCUAAUAGCGAACGUGGCGGUGGCAUCUCGCGGCGGCGGCGCGCAGGUGGCCGUGUCCGGCUGCUACGGCGGGCCGGUGUUCAACGUUCUCGUGGGCCUGGGCCUGUCCAUGCUGUUAGCGUGCUGGAGCGGGUACCCGCAGCCAGUGGAGAUACCCAGGGAGCGUGGGCUUUACCGAACUCUGGCUUUUGUUGUCGCUGGGCUUUUGUGGGCCGUUGUGAUGCUACCUAGGAGAGGAAUGAGGGUGGACAGGACACUGGGCGUUGGGCUCCUAGUCGUAUACUUUUGCUUCCUCUGUAUUAAUGUUUCAGAGCUUAAGAAUGCACGGUAAUAUAUUGGGUUUGUUAGGGUUUUAGGGUUUAGGGUUUUAUAGCUCUGCUCAACAAUCAGAAAAAUCAAACUCAAGCGAUGCUGAUUAUUUUUCGAAAUGAAAUGGUUGUUAGACGAUG